UCUACAUUUACAGUGCAAAAUUUAAUUUAGAAAAAGUUAAGAAACGUUUGGAUUUGCAUUAUACUCUUCGUAAUCUAAUUCCGGAGGUUUUCACAACUCGUGACCCAUUGGCCGACUGUGUGCUUAAAGUAAAUACAUAUGCACAAUUUGUAGCCCUACCAAUAUUAACACCAGAAAAUUAUAGAAUCUCUAUGGUACGGUUGUUACAUACCGACAUUUCUGUAUUGGAUGUAUAUGAUGCUAUGAAAUAUUGCUCCAUGAUAAUGGAGACACGCAUAGAGGAAGAUAUAGUUAAUUCCGAAAUUAUAAUUUGCGAUUGUACCAAUUUGACUUUCGGUCAUGUAUUGAAGUGUACACCAGUUGCAGUAAAAAAACUCGACAUUCUUUUGGAAUCAUACGGUCCAAGAAUGAAAGCAAUUCAUAUGAUAAAUAUACCAAUUUUUUUUGAUGUCUUAUUGACAGUAGUUAAAUCAAUAAUGAAGGCAAAACUUAUUAACCGAAUACAUCUUCAUACGUCCGGAAUAGAAUCAAUAUAUGGGAUUAUACCAAGAUCUCUUUUACCAGUAGAAUAUGGCGGUGAACAACCAUCACUGAAUAUUUUAUCAGAUAUGUGGAAAGCAAAAUUGAUAGAACGAAGAGAAUGGUUCCUGAAGGAAGAAAAAGUUAAAGUUAAUGAAUCUCUCCGAUCAAAUUCUGUAAUAAACCCGGACGAUCUAUUCGGAGUUUCUGGAACAUUUCGAAAAUUAGACAUUGAUUAACGUGAAUGUUAUUUUAAAGAUAUAGAUAAUAAGAUUUAUGUUAUCGGAUAUAUACAUACAGAUAUAUGCACACAUUAUAAAUA